AUGCCAGGAUCGGUCAAGGCAAAAGCGCAGGCGAGCAGAGAUGGCGUCCUCGGCGUUGCAGACCGCAUAUGGAGGAGUAGCUACGCCGGCGACUACAUUGGCCUGGCCAUCCUGAUCGUGCUAUACAGCCUGUUCAGAACUUUCAGCGAACCAUUCUAUACAUCCUUCAGGCUUGACGACACGCGAAUACAGUGGCCUCAUGCCGAAGUCGAGCAUGUACCUGUCGCCAUGCUGUUCAUAUAUGCAGCUGGAAUACCCUUGAUACUGCUUGUCGCUUGGGCUAUGAUAUUUCGUCCCGGUCACCACAAAGCACACGCAGUCCUGCUCGGUCUGGUCACCUCGGUGCUCAUGACCACAUUCCUCACGGACAUAGCCAAGGACGCAGUUGGUCGGCCUAGACCUGAUCUGAUAUCCCGCUGCAAGCCCGAGAAGUCCACUCCGAUGCACGAGCUUGUCCCAAUCGAUGUCUGCACGGAGACGCGUCGCCAUCUUCUACACGACGGCUUUCGCAGCUGGCCUAGUGGCCACAGUAGCUUUGCCUUUGCUGGACUUGGAUGGCUGGCUCUGGCUUUGACAAGCCAAACUCGAGCCCUUCGACCUCGGGCGAACUUGGUGUACGUCUUGAUAUGCCUCGCACCGCUGCUCGCAGCUGCACUGAUCGCCGCAAGUCGGCUCGAGGAUUACAGACACGACGUCGGGGAUGUGGUCACUGGGAGCUCACUUGGAUUCGCUGUGACAUACUUCAACUGGCGUAGGUACUUUCCCAGCCUGCUUUCAGCCGAAUGCGAUCAGCCCUAUUUGCAGUCGCCGGGCGGGGAUGGAUCUUCGCCAAGCGCCUUUCAACGUGUUCGAGACGAGGAGGAAGGCUACGGUUCGGAUGAUUAG